AUGGAGAUCUCACUUCUGAUGAUUCUGAUGAUUGUGGGUCUUGGUCUGUUUGUAACUGUAGAUGCACAAGGUCCUGCUGGUCUGUGUGUUCCUGCAGUCAGAGUUCGCAAGAACACUGUUUAUAGAGGCUCCAGUAAAAGCCUGUUAAGAGUCCCCUGUCCUGUGACAUACUGUGAGGAGAUUCCAACUGUAAGAUGGUUUCGUAUUAAAGAUACAGACAAGUCGAUACCAGUCAGCGAAACAGACCAAGUAACAGUUACACAGGAGUGGUCUACUGCAGACGAGAAAGAGAUCAUCUCAUAUUUGAGCUUCAAGAGUUUAUCAGUUCAGGAUGAUGGCCUUUAUAGAUGUGUAGCUGCCGGAUCAAAUUCUACAUCAGAAAGCCACAACAUUAAUGUGUCUGUCUCAGAAGUGAUGUUUGUCCCUGUAACAGCCAGCCCUACUGUCAGUGUGAGUAAAGCAACUGUUGCACGGAUGCCCUACAUUAUAAUCUGCUCAGGUGUCUUCAGUCUGGUUACUAUUGUGAUGUUAAUAAUUUUUCUGAGCCUACAUGGACGUACAUGUGAGUGAUGUCAUGUAUUAUUUCAUUUUUCAGUUGUAACCGUUAAACACAGUUGAACUAUAUU